GGAGGAGAGGAGAAGAGACUUUGUUAGGGACUACUUUCAGUGGCGUAUUGAUCCACGUGUUGGUGCAGCAGUGCGGUGUUUGUGUUGGUGAUGAACAGGAUGUGGUGUGUGUGUGCAGAAGGCUGACGUGGCCGUGGCCCCGCUCACCAUCACUCUGGUCAGAGAGCAGGUGAUUGACUUCACCAAACCCUUCAUGUCUCUGGGGAUCUCCAUCAUGAUCAAGAAGCCCAUCAAGUCCAAACCUGGAGUGUUCUCCUUCCUCGACCCGCUGGCCUACGAGAUCUGGAUGUGCAUCGUGUUCGCCUACAUCGGAGUCAGCGUGGUGCUGUUCCUGGUGAGCCGCUUCAGCCCCUAUGAGUGGCAGGGGGAGGAGUCUGAUGAUGAAGAUGAGACUCUGCCCUCCUCUCGUCGAGCUCUGCCCACUUCCUCCUCUGAACUGGCUCACUCUCCAGGGUUCCCUCAGAACCAGAACCAGAACCAGCAGAAGGAGAAGGAGACUCUGGAGCACACCAACGACUUUGGGAUCUUUAACUCUCUGUGGUUCUCACUGGGGGCCUUCAUGCAGCAGGGCUGUGACAUCUCACCCAGGUCUCUCUCCGGUCGAAUCGUGGGAGGAGUUUGGUGGUUCUUCACCCUCAUCAUCAUCUCCUCCUAUACAGCCAACCUGGCCGCCUUCCUCACCGUGGAGAGGAUGGUGUCGCCCAUCGAGGGCUCAGAGGACCUGGCCAAGCAGACCGAGAUCGCCUACGGUACUCUGGAUGGAGGCUCCACCAAAGAGUUCUUCAAGCGGUCAAAGAUCGCCGUCUUUGAGAAGAUGUGGUCGUACAUGCGGAGCGCCGACCCCACGGUGUUCGUCAAGAGCACCCCCGAGGGCGUGAUGAGGGUCAGGAAGUCGAAGGGGAAGUACGCCUACCUGCUGGAGUCGUCCAUGAACGAGUACAUUGAGCAGAGGAAGCCCUGCGACACCAUGAAAGUAGGAGGAAACCUGGACUCCAAAGGUUACGGAGUGGCCACGCCCAAAGGAUCGGCCCUCAGGUACACUCUGAGUCUCCAUGUUGGUGUCCUGUGGUGUCUGUGUGAUGACAUGUUGUGUUACUAUCAUUCUUUUAUCACCUCGAUGUAUUAAACUUUGUUUCAUAACAUGAAUAAGUUCUGGGAACCUCUGCAGAGGUCUGGACUCAACUCAUGUGUGAUGACUUCAGACUGGACUUGAGAACAUCUGGAGGACUUGGAUCAGAGCAGCAGUGACUCGACAGGAAAGGGCAUUUCUUACACCAUCAGGGUGAUAGUGUGAUGAGAUAGAGGACUGGGAGGAUCUCAUGGGUUUUCAUGUCACAAUAGUUGAGUUUUGGAGGAAGUACGCUCAGUAAAAGUACCAGUAAAAACUGUGAAAAUACUCCAGUACAAGUAAAUGUCCUAAACAUUCACAAAAGUACACAAGCAUUACUGGGAAAAGUACUCAUUGUGCAGUAGAAUGUCACCAAUGUGUGUCUAUAUAUUAUAUUAUCAGAUAGUGAGUACUGCAGCAGCAUGUUACUGUAACUAAGUUAUAUACAGUCAGAGAGUUUAGUCCAGUGGGUCCCAACCUAGGGCCCGAGCCCCUCCACAGUGUCACCAGAUACAUCUGAGGGGUCGACACAGGAUUAAUGGAAGAAGAAGAAAAUAAGUUCUGACAAACUCUCUCCUGUUUUACCUCUUUGAGUCAUGAACUGUGAAACUAAAUGAGAAGUUUAUUAGUGAAUAUUGUACUCUGACAAGUAUAAAUACUUGAAAGACGUAGUAAUGACAAAGUAUUUCUAGUUUUUCAAGUGUGACUUAAUGAUAAAAUACAUUAUUAAACUAAAGAGAACUAAAGAGACUCGGUGACUUGUUCUGGUCUUGGAACUAAAGAGACUCAGUGACUUGUUCUGGUCUUAGAACUAAAGAGACUCUGUGACUUGGUCCGACCUCUGCAGAGCACGAAGCCCUCCGUUAACAACACAUCCAGGUUUUAGAAACAGGUCCUAACAGUCUGUCAGUUUACUGUGUGUGUCUGUCUGUCUGUCUGUCCGACUGUCAGUCUGUUAAUCUGUCUCUUUGUCUGUCUUGUCUCUCUCUCUUUUUUUUGUUCGUCUUUGUCCAUAUGUGUGUGUUUCUGUCUGUGUUUCAGUCUGUCGGCCUGUUUCCCUGUUUGUUGUCAUGUCGUCUGUAAUGCCUGUCUGAUUGCCAACCUGCCUGUCUA